UGCCCCCGCUGCUCCUCCUGGGUUCCAGGUGAGCACCAGGCAGAUGGAAACACUGCGGUGUCCUGCGCACGACCUGGCCAAAGUCGCAGCGCAUACCUCUUCCUGGGUCCCGGCAUCACGAAAGGACAGCCACAGCGGGAGGUGGGCAGGAGCGCGAGGCCGGGACUCCGGAAGUCUAGAGGGGGAAGGGACAGAAGUCACAUCCCCUGGAGAGAGUGACUUGAGCACCGGGCCGGGCCGAGGGUCCGCGUCCUCCGCGUCUGUGGGCGGGGUGGGGUGGGGGGUGAAGAAGAGGUGGCCACGCGCUCCGGCUUCGGUCCGGCCACCGCUUUGUGACUUCACGGGUUUCGCAACAAGCCGGGGCCGCCCGCGCCCCACCCACCCCGGCCCAGCCGCCCAGCCGCUCGCCGUCUCGCUUGGCUCUUCGCGCUCGCCCUUCCUCCCGCGCCGCUCCGUCCCUCCGUGUCUGUCCGCGCCGGGGUUGCCGCCGCCUCCAGGCAGCCCGCAGCUAGCCGGCGUCCGAUCCGACCGCACGCAGCGCCCUCUCGGCGGCAUUAGCGAGAUGUUUUGCUUCCUAAAGGGAAUGGCUUUCGUCCCCUUCCUGCUGGUUACCUGGUCGUCUGCCGCCUUCAUCAUCUCCUACGUGGUGGCCGUGCUGUCUGGGCACGUCAACCCCUUCCUCCCCUACAUCAGUGAUACAGGAACAACACCUCCAGAGAGUGGAAUUUUUGGAUUUAUGAUCAACUUCUCUGCAUUUCUUGGUGCAGCCACGAUGUACACACGAUAUAAAAUCGUAGAGAAGCAAAACCAAACUUCCUACUUCAGCACACCUGUUUUUAACUUGGUGUCGUUAGCCGUCGGACUGGUGGGAUGUAUUGGAAUGGGCAUUGUAGCCAAUUUCCAGGAGCUGGCUGUGCCAGUGGUCCACGAUGGGGGCGCCCUCCUGGCUUUUGUCUGCGGUGUCAUCUACACAGUUUUGCAGUCCAUCAUCUCUUACAAAUCGUGUCCACAGUGGAACAGCCUCUGGACCUGCCACGUACGGAUGGUCAUCUCUGCUGUUUCCUGCGUAGCUGUCAUCCCCAUGAUUGCCUGUGCCUCACUAAUUUCCAUAACCAAGCUGGAAUGGAACCCGAAAGAAAAGGAUUAUAUGUACCAUGUGGUUAGUGCCAUCUGCGAGUGGACCGUGGCCUUCGGUUUUAUCUUUUACUUCCUCACAUUCAUCCAAGAUUUCCAGAGUGUCACCCUAAAGAUAUCUACAGAGAUCAAUGGUGAUGUUUGAAGAAAGAAGAGUUCUGUCUCCCUGAGGGAAUGUCCCAGACAAGUUUGAGAAGUGGUGCAGAAGACGGCAGGGUUUGGACUCCGCCCUGAGGCUGGUCCAGGACUUGAAUGCCAUUAAGAAUUCCCCGUAGUGGUUCUGUCCCCAAAGGUACGUUUCCCUGGAGAAGGCAGGAUGCACCUGACACUUGGAGCAAUGUAUGGAUGCCUUUCUAGGUAGACACUCUUUGAUAUCGACAUUUGUACACACGAGAGAGAAGAUGUUACAGGAAAUGCAAAGAUCCUCUUUUUGUACUGAGUUUACAGGCUUUUGUCUCUGAGUACUCUAAGGUGCUUACGUAGUGUUGAUGGCUUAUUUUUACAUUGUAUUUAUAGAAAAUGUAGUAUAGGAUUUUUUUUUUUAAUCACGAGAGCAUUUGUAAAAUUCUACUUAGAGCGGUCAUACAGCCAAAUCACACAGAUUUUUUUCAAUAACGGA